AUGGAACGAAUGAGCACGCUUCCGACUAUCAAGUGUUCAUCCUGCGCGGUGGACAUUGACAUCCUCCAUUUAGCCGACCAUGUCUGCGCUGCAGCACCCCCAGCGGCAACGCCCGCUCCUGAGCCAAUGUCGCCCACCUCGACCAUCUCUAUGGGUUCCCCGCCCUCUAUACUGUCGCCCAAGAUGAACCGCGCAGCAACCUUUGGCGGUCCCACGUUCAGCAACCGCUCGGAACGUCCAGCGCAAUCGGGGCGCAUGCCUCCCCCGCCCAGAAUCGAUUCAAAUGCAGCGAACAAACCAUUCCGGCCGCUGGAACCAUCGCCAAUGAGCAACCAAGUUGACUACAAGAGUCGAUCCCCAGGUCUGGCGCCACCAAAGUCUCCUUUCAAGAUGAACCGCAGUGUGACAACUCCGGUUGGGCGACCCAUGGCACCCCCAUCGCCCGAUUACAGUUCCAACUUGGACUGCGCCUUUCCCCGAUUUCCCUCCAAGAACGGUACUCCUAAGAGUGCCAAACCUCAACCACGAGAACGCCUGGAACCCUUCCAGCAAAACUAUGCUCAACCAAGCCCUCUAUUCGCACCUCUCAGCCCCCGGUUUGAUGGUGGAGAGAACAUCGCCAAGCGCAUGAACAGCAUUGCACCAGGACCCUUCGACGGAACGGCAGACCGAAGGCCGAGCACAUCAAGCGCAGCAAGACCAUUCGCGGAAGAAGGGCCGGCGCUUGGGCAUAGAAGGAUGGGCACAAACGGCAGUAUCGCCAGUAAUAAGAGCGUGUCGAAACAGCGUACUUCCACAACAUCGAAUGCGUCGCGGAGUUCAGCACACUCCAAUCGCAGCAUAGGUCUUCCUGCUCGCCCGAAGCCGGGCAUGGGUGGAGCCAAUGCGCUGCCACCACUGCCAUCCACGUCCGAACAGGCUGAGGGUAUUGAUGCUUUCCUAGACCGCUUGCAGAAGGAAUCUACCAAGCCUUCCAGAGCUUCCCAAGAAAACCUUGCAAGGUCAAUUCCGUCACGACCGAACAGCAGAGAGCGAAAAGAACCCCCACCAAGACCUAGGAGGCCUUCAGAAAAAGAUCUACCGCCAGCAGACAUGACCGAUCUGGACCCCCCGGAGUUCAUGUCUCUCUCAAACAACAUGUUCCCUUCUCGCGGCUCAAGCCGAAGUGGCUCGGAAAGCGACAUGCCACGAGGCCUUGCGCCAACGCAUUCCUUACGUCCACCGCCACUAGCAGCUUCUGGGCUCGGUGAUGCGCCCAUGAACGCACUCCACACCCCUUCGGACUCUGGCUUCUCAGACGAUUCAUACGCCAGCUCGGGCUACCGCAGCAUGACAAGCUCCAGAUCAAGCCCCCCAGAGUCCGAGGCUGCGCACUCACGCCAGACUUCCAAGAUCAGUCGUCCUGACAACAUCGUCGAGGAGAAUGUUGAGAGAAGCGCAAGCCCGGAGUCCUACGCCGAAGCACGGCCUGUUCGAGCGCCGAAGAGUUACAUGCGGCCCGAUGGGGCGGAGCCGUACCCAAGGUCGCUUUCACCGGGAUAUCGCCAGGACACGUUUCCGCCUGGAGGAUAUGCGAAAUACCCUGAGUCGCCAAUGGACCCCGCCAUACAGAUGGGCGCGUCAACACCGCGUGACACAUUCGAAAGAGAGCCGGCAACACCCCAGGACCCGGCGCAAGUCAAUGUAAGCCCACCAAGACGCAUGGCCGAGCCUGAACCCCAGCAACAAGACGUGCGCCGACCUAAGGCUGCUAGCAAAGGCAACUGUCGUGGGUGCUCGGAGCCAAUUGUUGGAAAGUCCGUGAAGGACUCUUCCGGCCGCCUUACGGGACGCUACCACAAGCAUUGCUUCACGUGCAGAACGUGCGCUGAUCCCUUCCCGACAGCGGAGUUCUAUGUCUUCGAGAACUCGCCAUAUUGCGAACAGCACUACCACAAGCUCAACGGAUCUUUGUGCAAUGCCUGCAACCGGGGCAUCGAAGGCCAAUAUCUCGAAACCGAUUUGCGCCAGAAGUUUCACCCAAGAUGUUUCACGUGCACGACCUGCCGCAUCGUCCUCCGCGACGGCUACUUUGAAGUCGCUGGCCGGCGAUACUGUGAUCGACAUGCGCAAAGCGCCGCAGCACCUCCGAGAAGUAACCUAGGCCCGGGCAAUUAUAGACCGCGAAACCUCCAGAAGCGCGGUACAAGGCUCAUGAUGAUGGCGUGA